AUGGCAGAAAAUGUCAUUAACUCUGACCUGAACUUGCCUGAACCACCCAGAUCCAGGCUACACACCAUCCCUGAUGGCCAAGGUCAAAGCCAUUGUUCCAGAACACAAGCUUCUCCUCUGGUUGCUGUCCUGCUUGUGAUCAACCUCCUGGUGGCCAUAGCCCUGUAUCUGACACUCACCACGGGCAGCCAACAGGACUCAACAGCACUGACCUCCAGCAGCCAAAAUGUCUCAGCACCAUUGUCCCCCAGCAGCCAAGAGGAGUCAACAGAGUUGCCCCCCAGCCAUGAGGAGGCACCAGGAAGAAGUUGCUGUUCCACAACACGAGUUGCUGUCCUGGUCACUGAGAUAAUCUUGCUCCUCCUGCUCAUUGUUGUGUGUCAGAUACUCCAAUGUAAAAGCCAUUGUUCCAGAACACAAGUUGCUGUCCUGGUUGUUGUCCUGGUUCCCAUUGUAGUGGUCCUAACCCUGUCUUGGACACUCCCACAUGGUCCAACUGCAAAGAGCCAACAGGACUCCACAACAAACAUCCCUGAAGAGGCACUAGGUAGGCAAUCCUCUGGGGCAGGGGAGGGCACAGGAAGAACAAUCCCUCUGGAAGCCCAGCACUGCAGGGAGCUGCCCCCAACAUGGGAAAAACAUGGGAGAAAAUGCUACAUCUUUUUUCCAGAGGAGAACCCAAAGGACUGGAAUGCCUCCCGUGCAGAAUGCACAGCCAAGGGCUCAGACCUGGUGGUCAUUGACAGCAGGGAAGAGCUGAAUUACCUUAGAUCACAAUCAAGACAUAAAUACUACUUACUUGGUCUCACACGCUCUGCAGAGGAGCAGAAGUGGAAGUGGAUCAACAACGUGGAGCAUGACCCAGCCAUGUUCCGUAUAGUUGGACCUUCCACUGACUAUCUCUGCACAGUCAUUGGAUUUGGUGAAGUACAAACUGCACCUUGUGGUGAAUCCUCAACAACACAAAAUAUGUGUGAAAAAGCUGCAACAAUUUCCAACAGGCAUCUGUAG